AUCCUGCAUCAGGGCUGUGGGCGUGAGUACGGCAGGAGACAAAGAUGCUGGCAUCUAUACUUUACCUUGGCGUCAGUUUUGUUGACGUUUGUUGUUUUUGGGACCUGUGGACGACACCUGUUUGAGCCCUGUGAUGUGCUUUAAAAUAGGUAUGAGGCUGUUUUAAUGAAAGAUGUACCUGAAGAAGGCGUGAUCACGAUGAAACGAACUUCAAAGUAACAAAGCUGUACAAAUAACGGGUGAAGAUAACCAGGCUUCUACCUGCAAAGAUGCCGUCCCUGUUUGCGUGCUUCAUGUGUGGGGGGAGAGGGGAGAGUGAUGAUAUUCGAACACUAGACUAUUGUCAUGCUUCUCUCUCUGAUGUUCCUGCUGAUGUCUUUGCCUGUGAGCGUACCCUUGAAGAACUGCAUCUUGAUUCUAACCAGUUGAGUGAACUGCCACGGCAAUUAUUUUACUGUCAUGGUCUGCGAGUUCUUGGCCUAAGCGACAAUGAGCUUUCAUCGUUACCUCCUGCUGUGGCAUCCCUCAUCAACCUCACUACCAUAGACCUCAGCAAGAAUGCUAUUUCAGACAUUCCUGAUAACAUUAAAGGGUGCAAGCAGCUUAGUGUGGUAAAUGCCAGCACUAAUCCACUGUGCCGGCUUCCCGAAGGUUUUACACAAUUGCUGUCAUUACAAGAACUUUACCUCAACGAUACAUUUUUGGAAUAUCUACCUGCAAAUUUUGGACGGCUGUCGCGGUUAAGGGUUCUUGAACUUCGUGAUAAUCAACUUAACACGCUUCCCAAGUCCAUUGCACGCCUUACUAGUUUACAGCGUCUUGAUAUUGGACAAAAUGAUUUUUCGGAACUGCCUGAGGUGAUUGGCAGUUUGGGAAGCCUGACUGAACUAUGGUUUGAUAAUAACAAGGUAAAGUCACUGCCUCCUCUUUUGGGACGACUUAAAAAGCUGGUUCAUGUUGAAGCCUCCAAGAACAAGGUGGACUGGGUAGCUGGUGAAAUUGAGAACUGUGUUAUGCUCACAGAUCUACACCUCUCUUCUAAUGAUCUUAAGGAACUGCCAGAACAAUUGGGUGGGUGUCAUCAGUUACAAGUGUUGAAGCUUGAUGAUAACGCUUUGACUCAUCUUCCCGAGUCCAUUGGUGAGCUGUCAGCUCUUGAAGAAUUAGUGGUUACUCGGAAUGAUUUAGAGACUUUACCGGCAUCAGUGGGCCUCUUGCGAGCUCUACACACCUUGCAUGUUGAUGACAACGUUUUAACGGAGCUACCACCAGAAUUAGGUUCGUGUUCUCGACUAACUGUUCUCACUGCUGCUUCAAACUCCCUCACCAGCGUGCCAGCAGAGCUUGGUCACUUGCCUCGCCUAACUAUACUUAAUCUGUGUGGCAAUCUCAUACCUCACCUACCAGUGUCACUUACCAAACUUAAGCUGCGUGCCUUGUGGUUGUCCGAGAAUCAGAACAAGCCGCAGGUUCAGCUGCAGUCCGAGACUCUGCCCGAGACAGGUCAACGUGUCCUUACAUGUUUCAUGCUGCCUCAACAACGUGACCAGCAAUCAGAAACUGUUGUGGAAGCUGAUACCUUUCCUGGCCAAAGUUGGGAUGAACAACGCCGAGCAAAAACUCUCAUUAAAUUUGCUUUUGAAGGAGAUGUGGAUAAGCCAGGCCGCUUAACACGUGCUCCAACACCAUAUCCAAAAGAAUUAAAGGCAUUGGCAAAGCAUGCUCGAAAUUUACACAGCUUGCAAAAGGAUCCAGCUCGUCAGUUUGUGCUUGGGCGUAGUCAGGAUUUGAAUAAAACAUCCUCCUCUUCCAUAGUUGCUUCUACUAAGGAUGAAAUGGAGACAGAUUCAUCCAGAAAGGGAGUGGACAACCCAUUGAAGCAGCCAUUAUUAGAUCAGUCUAGUAAUGCUUGCCCUCGUGAUGAUGACUCAAUGGAGGUAGAGGAAAUUGGCUCACCAUUAACAGUUGUAGAGCCACGCGUAGAAGAGCGCCCGUUGCUGCGUCAGGCUCGAAAUGUGCGUAACUCUUAUGGAAACACACCUGUAGUGGGAACCUUGAUCAGUGAGAAUAAUUUCACUCUGACAAAUGGAGCAAAGAACAUUACUUCUAGUGCAGCAAAUGCUUUGUCUACAGACCAACCUUAUACAAUAGGUGACAGGAAAGUUUUUGGUCAUGCACAGGUUGUUGCAAUGACCCAGUCUCGAGAAAAAACAGUUAUUGAUCCUAACAAGUCUGUUGCAUCCGUUGCUGAGGAUUGUAAAUCGCAGCAAAAUACUCCCUCUGUAGUGGAACCUUUACCACUGUCAUCCCAUGAGGCCUCCAACACUUUCACCUCGCCAUCAGCUGCAAACAGCGAAUUAGCAAAUGAAGCUGUUGACAAGCGUAUUAAGAAGCCGCCACCAUAUCACAUAGCUGCUGUCAUGUCGAGGCAUGCUGCAAAUUUCAAUGAAUCUAGUGUGGAGCCUUCCUUGAUACCUAGUGGAGCUCUUGGCAGUAAUGGACAUGCUGUUAUGGAAAGCAAUGGAUUACAGCAGAGUUCAGCUGCAUCUCCUGCCACUUCAGCAGCAGCAGCUGCAGCAGAAGAUGAAAACAAUGACACCAGCAGCUCCAGUGACAGUGGCUAUGGUAAUGGGAAAGCAUCCAGUCAACAGAUUACUGAUGAGCAGCACUGUAGUGAUGGCAGCGGUAUCAAUACUCCAUCUUCUCCACAAAACCUCACAGACUCCGGCUUCUCUAUGCCUUCUUCAUUAUCGUCGCCUCAAGGCAGUGCAGAUGUAACUUCUUUGUAUUCUGUGAAAUCAUUCACUGUGCCAAUAUCUGCAACAACUCCCCAAACUUCCUCCAUAUCAGCACCUGCAGUCCCUGCUAAUGUACCAAUAUCAACAAACAGUUAUUCACGGGCUACCUCUCAGAAUGUACCUUCGACCAUAUCACCAUCGUCGUCUGUGUCUCGUCCUUCUUACGACUCCCUGCAAAAGUCGCUCUCAAGAACUGGUGAUGUUCAUAACCUGCCUUACAAUGUUGCCACAUCCAGUGCCAGACCAGCUUCUAUUGCCACUGGGACACAGUUGGAAAACUGCAACACUCGAGUGGUACAUCGGCCUGGAUCCCUUGCAUUGGGAACCCUCGCAGACUCUGCUCUACUGAACAGAUUGCCUCGUGACCAUCGGCCAGGAUCCUUGGCUGCGCCUAUCAACACUUUGGGUAUCCCACCAGCUCCUGCCAGAGCUGCGUCCCACAUGGGGCUAAACGUAAUGGCUCCAAGUAGAUCAAAUGACUUCCAAAUGUUCAAGAGUCAAGACUUGACUCGUACAAGACAGGGAUGGACACCAGACCAUCAGAGUUCAAGUGGUGCUCCUAACCACCGGCAAGAGAGUAAUGGUCUCGUCUCCAUUAUUGAUCAGGUGACAAGCAGCUUGUUAGAGCAUGGUGAUAGUCCACCACCCAAGAUGCCUGCUUGUGAAGUGCCUCAGUCAUUUGACUCGACCUCAAUGACAACAGUUCCUUCUACUGGAUAUUCUCAGACUGCAACACAAUCUGGUACAUCAGAUGCCUCUAUCAAAGCUGCAAUUACAUCUGUUGAGUCAGGUUUAUGUUCAGGAAUAGAUACAAGUGGUUCUCAUGAGUACCAGGAUAAUAGUUCCUCAGGUGGCAGAGUCUCUUCUGAUGGGCCUGCAAAUUUUACACAGGAUCAGCCACGUGGAGAGGUGCUGCACCCAACUCCCCAUUGGCCCAAUCUCUCUUCAGCUUCAAGACAUACCCAUGAUUCCUUGCAAGAUUCUGUAUCAUCUGCCCAGAAUCCUCUCUGUGAUUCUCAGGAAACCGACAGUGGCGCAUCAGAAUCUGAAACAAAUCAGUCCAGUGAUACAGAAAGUAGUGUGGGACAUUCUGAAGGUACUCUGUCUCCUCUUAAGGUUACAUCAAAACCUCAAUCAAGAAUUCCUGCUCUAAUCACAGAAGUGCCUUUUCCUGAAAUUAAAACAAUUAAUAAAGAUCCUCACAGUUCUAGUCACACUUCUCAUUCGCUUCAUGAAUCCCGGAUUCCCACUUUCAGUUGUAUGGGACGUAAUUCCAGUUCAUUAACCAAUGAUGCCCACUCGUCAGUGGAAUCAAGAAUACCAACUCUUGUUAGCAUUAGCAAAAGUUCAAGCAGUUUAGCUCAAGAAAGAAGAAACUUUGCAGAGUCACAGAUUCCUACACUUAGUUCUAAAGGAGCAAAUGUUAAUAAUUCGAUGUAUGAUAAGCAAGCACAAUGCGACACUCGUUUGCCUGUAUUAGGCAAUGUGGGACAUAACUCUCAUAAUGCAGUGUUUGAUGCCCAGUCUUUAUCAGAAUCUCUGAAAUCUCUGGGUUACAACUCCAACGCUGAAUCCCAAAUUACAAGUGAGUCUCGGAUCCCAGUGAUGGGACUGAUGGGCAGGACGUCAAGUAACUUGACCCGUGAGGCACUUGGCAUAAACACUGGAAAACUUCCAAGCCCAGAUGUAACUAUAGGGAACAAAAAUUUCCCCCUCAACAAACCACUGGUGACAGGGAGUAAUGGAUCCAGUAUUCCGUUGAUGUCCUUGCAGAGUAGAUGCAACAGUAAUCAAGGUUCCAGUUUGCCUAGCCUUGGAAACAUUUCAACUACCAUGCCUGGUGACUCCAACAGACACCUUGUUUCUUAUGGACACGUUUCCAGUCCCCAGAAUUAUCAAGAUGCGGGACACGUAUAUAUAUCCACACGACUUCCAUCUCCAGGAUAUUCAUCAGGAAUUCGACCACCCACAGUUCAUUCACCUAGUCAGCAGCAGCAGCAGCCUGCUAUUCAGUCCCACUUGAGAGGAUAUCCCAGUGGUAUACGUCCACCCAUGGUAAAUACUGCCAUCAACACACCAGGUAUCCCAUUACCAUCUCCCAUCUCACCAAGCAACCACUUAACAAACCCUGGGUCCCGAGGCUCCAUCACCUCCACUGGCUCAGCUUCUCGCAUACCAAUGGCUUCAGGAGGGACUCCAUCUAGACUGCCUGCUCCAGGCUGCAACAAACACCGGAUUUCACCAGCUGUAACACCAUCCCCGGAUAGCAAUAAAGCCAGCCAAUCAGCAUGGAUGUUCGGCCAACAUAAAAAUGCCCGAGUGGUAUGUCAGAAUUUCCCGGUAGUGAUUGAGAAGAAUCCAGACCUAGGCUUUACCAUUGGGCAGUCCCAUACAGACCCAGAGGAUAAGAGUAUUUAUGUGACAAGUGUAGCAGGUGGAGGAGCAGCUUCUUCGGCACUUAAAGUUGGAGACAAGCUUUUACAGGUUGAUGGUGCCGAUUUACGGUCUGCUGAUUUGUUGAUUGCCACCUCCAUCCUCCACAAAACAUCAAAUACUGUCAAUUUAAUGGUUUCUCGCCUACAGUGAUGAGGAUAUUUACAGUAGGAUUGCUGGAUCUCCACGUUGAAACUUGUAGAGCAGCUCUUUUUUUUUUAAAUUGUGAUAAGGAAAAGCUCUCAUUUUGUGCAUCUAGUAAGGUAGCUAAAUUUGUCUAGUAAGAUAAGUCUGGCAAGAACCCCAAAAUAAAGUCUUAUGUGCAAUGUAGCUUUAGUCCAUAUUGAUGAUUGGUUAAAAUAAGGUUGUGCAUUAGUGCCUCAUGUAAAUUUGUAAAUGAAUAGAAUUAGAUAAUUUUAAGAAUUAUGAGUGUGCACAUGAUAAGAAACAUGGAAGUGUACACAAGAUCUCUGAAAAUUAUUUCCUAAUUUGCAUUAAGGUUGAUACUUAAGAAAAACACUUGGUGUUAAACAUUCCCUUUGUUUCCACACAUUCCAAGUCAGAAAGCAUUUCUGUUGUUGCACAUUGAUGCUGUGCACACUCAGAGUUGUAUGGUUGAUCAGGGCACUUCAAUGACUGGAAUGGUCUAAAGCUAUGUCCAUUUAUGCUGAUAUUCACCAAUAAAAAAAAAUAUUUGCCAUAUUUUUAUGUUAAGUAGUGCAACAUUGCCUGCAUUCUCUUCUCAUCAUUCCCACGGAUGAGACAUGUGAUAUGAGGAAUAGUCACUCUUUGAGCUCUUUAACGCAACGUGUCUUUCUAUGUCUCUCAAGUGCCUUGAAGAUUUUUAUCUUAAAAACAAAAAACAAAAAGAGUACAAAAAAUACAGGCACGAUCAAAGUUAUGGACGGUAAAAACGAAUGUUUUUAAAUGGCAAUACAAAUUUUGUGUUGCAUUAACUUGAAGACUUGUAUUGUGCAUCUUGUUUAUAUUAUCUUUACUCGUAAUAAGAGUAAAUGUGAGUGCCUAGCCAUAUGCAGUACUGUAUUUAGAAAGUGGACUCGAUUAUCCUAAAAGCUUAUCCUAUACACAGCAGAAUGACUUCACUUCUUUUGUUAAUUACACAAAAAAUAUAUAUAUUAAGCACAUAAACACAUGCAAAUAUUUGUAUUCUUUAUAUCAGGCAUGCAUAUAUGUAAACUCCUGCUGAACAGUAUUUAUUUUGUAUAAAGUUCAUAGAUUCACUUUUAAACACACUUUUAAAUUUGUACUCGCAGUCAUUCAUAUGUCAUUGAACAAAUUGACUUGUAUGUGUAACAAUGCACACAUUCGUAGCUAUGCUGUGCAUGUGAACACGGUCAAUAUCUUUGUCGUCACUUGCAUUAAGCACGUUAAGGUAGCGUUUUUGUUUUUAUUGAGCACAAUAUUGCAAGUAAAUUACUUGGUAUUGCUUACUGAUAUGCAUGCUUUUGUUUUCCAGUGCCCUAUAUUUAAAUAUAUUCAAAACUAUUUUAUAUUUUCUUAUGAUUUUAUACACUUUUUUGUUAAAUACAUGAUGAAGAAAAUUUG